AUGGAUGUAGUGACGCCGCAUAUCACCUCCGUGCUGAAGACAUACCAGGCGAGCGCGCCGCGCAGCCUGCAGGGCCCGGGCUGCGGGCGCGCCGAGCCUUGCGGCGACGCGCCGCCGCCGCCACCGCCGCCCGCCGCUCCGCCGAUCCUGCUCGCCGCCGACACCGUGCUGGGCGAGCGCGGCGAGACACUGCUGGAGGGCGAACCCAUCUCAUGCUUCAGCGUGGGCGGCGAGCGGCGGCUAUGCUUGCCACAGAUCUUAACUUCGGUGCUGACGGACUUCACGUUAGAACAAAUCAACCGCGUGUGCGAUGAGCUGCAGAUCUACUGUUCUCGGUGCACGCCUGAGCAGCUGCACGAGUUGAAGUCAACGGGGGUGCUGCCCAAGUCGGCGCCCUCGUGUGGCCUCAUCACCCAGACGGACGCGGAGCGGCUGUGCGCGGCGCUGCUGCACGCGCCAGCCGCCUCGCGGCCGCACAAGUUGCCGGGCUUCCGGGUCUACCACGAGUGCUUCGGCGGCGCGCGUGGCGUUUGCGCCGUCGACCUCAACCUAGUGCAGUGUUUGGAAUGUCGAGCUCUAUACACUCCUCGUCGCUUCGUGUGCCAUUCGCACGAGUCGGAGCACCGCACGUGCCACUGGGGCUUCGACUCGUCGCGAUGGCGGCGCUUCCUACUAGUGGCCGAGGAGGAGCUGGACAAGGAGAAGUGUGGCGCCCUGCUGGACGAGCUCGCUGCGCGGGAUGUGGCGCCAGCUUCCGCGCUCCCUCCUGUGCAGCUCAAACAACAGAGUUUACCGUUAAAAAGAAAACAGGUUGGUAGCGAGUUACAAAGUAUUCUGAAUGUCAUGCGAAGUGAACGGAGCCGCGCCUGCCGCGAGCGCCAAUCGCAGCCCGCGGCCGCCUCACCUCACCUACCAUGA